AACGUGCUCGUUGACGUUUUCACGGCUGCCUUCGACGAUUCCUAACGCCGCCGUCGCGACGGUGACACGAUAAGGUCGGUGGAACCGCACACGCACCCCCGAAGUUGCCACGCUUCGCACGCGGGAGGACCAACUCGUACGUGCCGGUCCACCUAUCGCUCCACGACUCGACGAUCGAGUCAGUGUUGCUCUUGAUUUCCGCGCGAGUGCCGGCCACGGCUUGACGGGGACAAUAACCGCGAUCCCGCUCCUAUUCGUUUCCGACCUGUCAAACCGACGAUCCGCGAAACGAUUACCCUGGAUCUUUCGCCGAAGCCUACGAUCGAUCGAUUCGGCGCACGAUUCUCAACGAUUUCGUCGACGCGUGUGAGAAAAUGUUCGGUGUCGCCUGUUCACGGAGUUUUAUCGUCGAAUAAAGUGUCGAACAGACUUCUCGGAAGGAAACGGUAAUCGAAAUCGAACCGUACGCGAGUUCCGAAGUGAACCAGUGAAUUCUGUGACGCGGCGAGUGUAUAUCCAGUGAUAGAAAUUUUGUCACUCCGUUCUCGGUGACUGGAUUUUGGAGCGAUCGCCGACGGUGAGGUUGUAACGCGUGUUCGGUCGGAAUUGAACCUUAGAUAAACGAUCGUCCGAAGAUACCCGCACGCGGGAAGAUAGUGUUAUCGAAGUGUACGUACCGCGAUCUGUAUCGACUCGAUAAACUUAAUUCUGCGGUUAUUUUUAUGCUUCGCGCGGGAGGAAUCGAAUUGUUCGCGAGACGUUUCACGUUAGUUCGCGUUAUCGGAGACACGUGUCGGCUGGGACAAUCGGAAAUCUUGGUGUUCUUUUCCACGUUGGUAGACGGAACGCGAGCUUGACGCGACGAGCCGAGCGUUUUGCGCGGAUUCGGUGUUUACGUUGGUGGACGGGUGCCGCUGGAAUGAGAAAAUCGCAUGGAAUGGUUACGUAGACAGCACGCGGCAGUUGUUGCACAUUAUAACCGACGAGAGGCGAUUUCUCGUAGACGGAAGUGAAAAGAUCGCGGUGGCGCCAGUUCUGAACGUCUGUCUUCCGACACAAGCUGGCAACCUCGUUACCCAUAUAAUCGUCCAAAACAACCUCGAAGGAACGCGUACCUGUUGCGCAACGCUGACAAAUUAUCGUCUACGAAGACGCUACAUCGAAAUCCUUUUAAUUCGAACGGGCCGCGGAUAGGCUGGAUAAACAUCUCGAAAUACAUUUAAACGCGAGAAGAGUCGGUUUGAAUGAGUUUUGCAAAUCACGAGUAGAAGAGACUAGAGUAGAGAACUGUUUCGCAAGAGUUUCGGAGUAACAGCCGCAGACCGAUGAAAGGGUAAACCGAGGCCAGCAUUGACAAAACGGCAACGGUUCGAUCCAAACGUCGAGAAAAUCACGUCGAUCGAUCAUCCCCUGGCAGCGACCGAAGGGACCGUUCUCGUUCAAGCUUGAGCCCAUCGAGCAAUCGUGAUUAUCGCCAUAGAGCGAGAUAAAGACGAGAAAUCGAGAGAUCGCGAUCGGUCUCGCGAAACGAAAAUUACAGGAGAUCCUUGGCACCUUCCGGCGGGGGAAUUCCAUUGGCGCUCGGGGGCAGGAUCGGAAGGAAGUAACUCACAGUCUUCGUCGUUAGCAUCUCUGGACGUCAUAUAUCUUGGCAGUAAUGCGCACAAAUUAUGCGUCUCGCGCCUCCGCGGUGCAACGGUUGCGCGUUUACGCUUACGGAUAAUCCGACGUCCGCCGAUUCUCCUUGUUCUUCAUAUUCCUUUCACGGUUUGCCUUCGCGCCUCGUUUCUCGAUCCGCCGUCUCCCAUCCCUUUUCAUUCGUCGAACAAACGAUCCGUCCGUUCGUCCGUCCUCAGACCAACUGCUUUGGGCGUCCUUCGUCGGCAAAAUUCGUACGUUCCUCGACACCGACGACUCUGCGUGCCGCGAGAUGCAUUCCUUGUCUACGUGACGCGUCUUCAUGCCGCGAGUGGAUCGUCCUGCGGCCGAUCAAGGUGCACGCACGUGCGACCGUUGCCUCUUUCGCGAAAUUCGAACCUCGAGGAAGGCCUCGUGAUCGUCCUCGACGAUUCUCAUAAAGGAACUAGGAGCUUGGAUUAUGGACUCUUUAAAAAAUUGUUAUUCCGGGGACAUUUAAAUCGCUACGUUACGCGGAGCUGGCAGAGUUCUGCGACGAGUUUGAUUACUCGCCGCGAGUAAGCCGAAUCGUUAGUGGCAAUUGCUUGGAGAAACUUGGGUCACGUUGCUCGAGGAUUUCGCGUUAAUCGGAUUUCGUAUCGAAACGUAGGAACUGCGAUAAUCGGGAUAAAUCCGAAUGCUUUCUAUUCCCCGUUCGAGGCGAUCGGAUCGUUACCAGGCGAAACCUUUGAACAUCGUGGGAUAAGCUUUCCGCCGAGUGUCGGAGGAAUUUCUGUGACAGUGUCGCGCAGCUGUCAGUGAAAAUAGGAAACAUAAAGUACCGUUAUCCGGUGUCCUACCGUGGACUCCGUUUACCCAGAUCUCGAAAGUGAACAGCCACGUGUCGAGAGUGCAAUUACUUCAGAUUUCGAAGAUCGUGGACGCGCGAACACCGAUCGACCCUGAAGGUUGUUCGCGCAUUACGAAAUCGGUGGAUGUCGUCGAUCGUCGAUCGACCGUAUCCGUAAUCGCGAUUAUUUCACGAGAUUUCGACAUACGCUUCGGUCGAAUUGGGAUGAAUGAUAAGUAAACGGUGGAUCAAUGGUGAAAUUGUUCAGUGAAGGAUCGUUGGAGGCAACCUUGAUGAUUCUAACAUCGCGCCUGUGUUAAGGAUAACAUCUGUGCUUUUUUUUUUUGGUGACGAAACAUCCUACGAAUGGUAUCUGCGGAAGCUCGUGCGACGCUACGUCUGGUCAAACACAAUUACGGCUACAUUUAAACCGGAAAGUGGCUGAGAUCGACGUAGGAGCCAUGUCACCGGAUCCGUACAACGGAUCGCGUGAAAUCGACGUGGAACCGGGAGAAUCGGAUCGCCUGCCGGACACGCUACGAACGGAGUGAAGUCGAAAAGAAGUCGAAAAGAACGUCGGCCGUCAAUCGAGGAUCGACACACGUGAUCGAUCCAACAGCUUGCAACCUACGGCCUCCCCGCUGGCCUGGCCAGCUACUAUGCGAAUUGAAGCUCUCAGCAUCCUCGUCGCGGUGGUUUGGCUGACCGCAGUCCUGUGCCCGCGGCUUGCUGCCGCCAACAACCAGACUAUAUCCUUCUCCUCUCGCAAGCCCAGGGAACAUCCUUCGAAAGGACGCAUGUCUCGCUGGACGCAGACCUUCGACGCUGAUACGACCAAGCAUAUGACAUAUCGGGAGAUGAACAUGAUUCUGCGACAGGAAGGAGGCGAGAACGGCCGUCAAGUCGAUUGCUGCCCUACGGUAUUGGAAAUGGUGGAACCGGUCGGCGGUCGAAAUAUGGACGACAUGUACGUCCAGCUCUAUCGGGAAGGCCAGAACACCCAGAGGUUCUUUGAGUACUCCUGCAGGGAAGAUGUUCUCGACAAGCCGUGCAGGUUCAUCGACCGGAAGUUCAGCAACCAGUCAAAAUGCGUGCAGAAGUUCUCGUACACUUACGCCAUCAUCGAAAAUUCCGGAUCGAAGGGUGGAAACGAGGGACACAAAAGACACCACAAGAAACACUUGACGCUCACUGGUAACACGGAGGGUGGAUCGAUGUGGACGUUGGACUACAUCAGGGUACGAAGCGGCUGCAGCUGCGAGGUCACGCCGAAACCGAAGAAGAAGAAGAAGUGCAAGAAGUGCAAGACGAGGGACCAGGACUUAUUCAACACGGAAACGUGAGAUCUGUGGUUCGAGGGAAUCGGGGCGGAUCCUACCUCGAGACUCGUGAUACCACCGAGAGUAUGUUGCGUCGAACAACGAUUGCAAUCCGUCUACCUCGAUGAUCCGAUUCGAAUCGAAAAAGCGUCUGAAAGUGAUGCAGAGACUUAGACAGAUACAGCGUGUAUCUGGAAGAAAGGAUUCGAUCGUUGGAUCAUGCGAGACGGAAACGUUACCAAUGGGAAGGGUUCUCUUUUCAACUCGGGGGGGUUGAAAUGUUGCCUCGCAUCGCGGCAUCUAGGAAUUGCUAGUUAACGCUGAAAGUGCCUUUUUAAAAAUUUCUAUACUUUGUACUAAUAGAUCGUCGACGCGACCGUGUGCGUUACGGUAGUUUUAUCAUCGUAUUUAUUAUUAACGUAGAGUUCUGAAAGUACGUUAAGUGAUAGCUGUAAGAUUUUAGAGUGGAGGUUCUGUACUCCGUUUAUUUUUAUUAAGAUUAACGUUAAAUCGGCGAAAAAAGAUUUACCGUAGCCGAAAGAAAUUUAAUUAGUCGCUCGAGGCCACUGCUGUCAUUUUUAAUCAUGGUUCAAGAGCAGAAUUUUAUUCGAAUCAUGUGUAACGAAUAAAAUUAACGCACAGGGUACACGCGACGUUUAUUUCAUUUGAAAUUUCUCUACGUGCAAAUCAAAGUAGUCAUUUUCGAAUUUUUGUUCAAGGAAUAACGGAUGAACAAUUGUCUAUCUUUCAUUCGUUAUUCGAAAUUUUUAUUUAAAUAACAAUAUUGCCCAUCUCCGCGUCAGAUAUCACUUCUUGUUGAUUUUUCGUAAACUUGAGAAACAAAGCAGCGAGAUAGUCACGUAAUAUGAAUGAAAAUCAGUGGUCUUGAGUCGACUAAUUGGUAUUUCUCCGACUAUAGUACAACGAAGUCAGUAGAAUCUCUCUAGGUAAAUGCGGACAGACUGAAGAAUUCGAAACGUUCGAGGAAUCGAAUACCAUAUUUUUUUAAACACGCUCUUUUCUAAAUUGUCAUCGGUAGGCUGCGGAUCUUUAUGCAAAAUAAAAUCGUUCGAAACGUAGCUACGAAAAUUGGACCUAAAUAGCCAUUUAUUUUUCUCUGCAAACAUUAUAAUAUAAACGUUACUUUCAAUAUUUUUUAGUAUUAUUGCGUACUGUGUGCAUUUUGUAUUUUCUUAUACAUUCAAAUUUCCUACAGAUGCAUACAAAUCUGCAGUCUAGUUAUCAGCAUCAGGGUAUACGCGCAUUAACCUCUUGUGGAACGGAAUUUUUAAUUUUUAAUUUCUCGCAAUACGAAUUCGUAAUUUUUUUAUUUUAUUUAAAAUAGAGUAUGUAGAAUAUAUACUGACUCGCUUUAAUAUCGUGUAGUUUUUAAUUCUCAAAGAUAUUAUGGUCGUAAAUAACAGUAAUUGUAAUAUGAAUGCAAAUAUUCGCAUAUCGUGUGUCAAUAUCCCUCAAGAGGUUAAAAGAAAGAUGUAUUUGGUAUUAUUAUUUUGUAUUAAUGGACGUACGUCUCGAUCAAGCUUGGAUUUAAUACUUAGGCAACGAUUUCCGUUUUCGCCCGCGGCCAGUUCUUAUCAUACACUUCGAUCUGUACAUUAUAGUUAGUUGUGCCUAUCUAUAAUAUACCGUAAGAGAAACGUAGUUUAUUAUAGUUUAUAAUUAAUUAUAGCGUAAUACGUUAUGUUUCAUAGAUCUGCGUAGGAUUCGUUAUAGUAUCGAUAACGAGGGCUAAAGAACGCUACUUAAGUUUAUUUAAUGAACUAAAUUUUUAAGUAUCUAUAAUCCUAUUGCUAUGUUAGUUCGUUUGUUUCUUUUUUUUUUCUUUUUUAAAGCACUGACUAGGACAGAUAGAGAAUGUAACGAGCGUGAAGCGUUGCAUUAGCUAGUAGCCAUGACAAAUAUCGAUAAAUCUGAGUAUAUGGUAGGACAAACUGUUAAAAAUUGAUAUGACGACUUGGCGUGUAACACGAAACAUGAGUUACACUGAGCGCGUUGAGUUUAUUUCAUUUUGCGAGGGCGUAGGUACUUUUAUACGAGAGUAACUUUUAUGAAAUCUUACGUUAAUUUAACGCAUACGUUACGAAUAAAAAGCUCCCACUGUUUUUACGGUUCUUUAAAAUUGACUUGUUCUUUUGUACAUAUCAAAAAGUACAGAAAUGUCAACGUAAUUGUUUCGUCAUUUGUGUGCGUUGUAUUAAUGUAAUGUAUAAAUUGUAAGCAAUAACCCGUUCGUUCAGGAUUAAAAACAAUACAAUAAUAAUGUACUUAAAUAAAUGAGAUUGCAGUAGUCAGUUGUACACAACCAUAGCGUGAAUCGCGAAGAAGUUAUUAUUACCAGUUCUCCAUCAUAACAUAUUUAUGAAUGUACUAUAGUAAAUUAUACCAUAUGUUUAAUUGUUAGGAACUUAUACAAUAAAUAUAUUUUUUUUAUCACUGUAAUUGUCGUAUUAACAUUUUAACAAACGGCUUCAACUUGAUAACACUCGUGUAUUGUAAUUACGCAUCGAGCUUGCAGAUUUAUUUUCUGUACCGUCAUGUAAACAUUGUACAUAAAUGAUACGAAUACAAUUGUUAUAAAACGUUGCCUGUUCAUUUCUACUCCCCGAAUUAAACGCUGUGCAGUUUCAUGACAACGCAUUGUAUCCAAAAAGAAAUAAAUUCUAAAAUUAUAAUUACCAAAUUGUUCUUGCCAAUGAUUUUUCUGUUUAGAAAAGACAUUUAAUUCGAGGAGUUCAAAUUUUACAACAAAGAAGAUACAAGCAUAAUAUCAGUCAAUUUCGGGUCAUUUUUUCUUUAACUGUAAAUGUACUAUUAUAAAUAUAAGUUUUGUAAUAGUCAGUGAAUAUAUUGACAACAAUUAUUCAUCCGGA